CUUCAGGUCUGGCAGGGCUUGGCAAAUGGGGCAAUCACAUGUUUCGACGAGCUCUCGCGAUGCUAGCUCAGAGUUUUGCACGCGUCACUGGGGGGUCAUCUGCCUGCAUUGAUGGCUUGUCAUGGAACGGUCGACUGGGCUGGCCCUGCGGCCUCAACUUGACGCCCUAUCGCUGCGUCCGCAGGUUGGUUCACCUCGUUUCAAGGACGGGUUCGACACUAUAUCCUUGCAUCUUAUAGACAGGAGCAAAUACCCCUCCGUGCCCGCCAGGAGCAACCGACAGACCGGCCCGCGACUGACAUGGUGAUGCUGGCCGCUGCAGGACGACCACUUUAGACGAAACCGGCCCCUUGACAUGAUCCCACCAGCCAGCCAUUGCAUCCGGUGACUAUCAGGUACACACAUACGUAUAGCUAUGGCCUCUCGGCAGGACGACGACGACGACGACGGCAGUCCCCGCUUCUACCGUUCACUUGCCGACGGCCAAGGGCUGCUCCACCCCUCGGCCGCCAUGGACAUCGCUCUCGGCCGCCAACGCCUCGCCGAGGACAGCGACGACCACGACGAUGCGUCGCACGACGCCGCCGCCGUGCAGCAGGGCCGCACACUUCUGCCCUUCCCCUUCGCCCAGGCGGUCACCCUGUCCACCCGCUCGGCCAGCCUCUUCCUCCGGCUGGGCACCUCGAUCGGCGGCUACACCUUCCACGCCGGCAAGGCCGCCACGCUCUCGGGCUUCGACCUCGGCCGCGUCGUCGUCGAGGGCAUCCUCAGCCGGGCCGGCAAGGACCUGCUGGCCACCAACAGCACCGAGUUUGGGCGCGCCGAGACGGAGAACCUGCUCGAGCGCGGCCUCGCCACCAUCCACCGCACCAUCACCGGCGCCGCCUUCCUGACCGCCACGAGCUUCCAGCUUGUCGAGACGACGGCCUCGAGCGUCCACGAGGUCACCCAGCUCCUCCUGUCCUUUGCCGACCAGCUGCUCGGCUCCACCGAGUCGUCGCGCGCAAUCGCCAGCAUCUUCACCCUGAUCCGCAGGGAGUUCCAGAACCCGGCCACGGGCGCCGAGGGGGAGCGGGUCGGCAUCAUCGACCUAUUCCUCGGCCUCUGCGGCAUGGCCUACCUGCAGAGGUGGUGCAGUGACCUCGUCGAGGAAGAGAAUCGCAAGCUGGAGGUGGAAGAGGUGGUUUGGGACGUCGUCGUCGCCACAGGUGGAGAGAGAUAUGCCCUACACCAGGAUAGUCUCUAUGGUGUCCACAACGGCAACUAUACCCGACCGGCCGACGAGACGGUUCCCCUGGACCACGGCGGUGCCGACAUGAUGAGCAUGAUACAAAACCACAGCGCCCAGCAAAGCAGCGACAGUGAUCAAGAUUUGCCCGAAAUCCACCUCAAGCAGCAGAUCCUGCGGUCAUUGCCCGACGAUGCCAAGGUGUCCAUCAUGACAGAGACCACGACCAGCAAAAUCAUCACGGUUGACAUACAGGGAGCCAGCCCGCCACCGCUGUCUCCGCCCCCGGGGGCGAAGCUACUGGAGCAUGGGCCGUCCAGGCCGGGCCGGUCCAGCGAGCGGCGCCAGAGCGGGUCCGUCGCCGACGGCUCGAGCUACCGCUUCGUUUACAGGGUGGACCGCAACACCUUUCGUGCCACCGACUUUUGUAGGAACGAGGGUGAGCUCCAGCCCGCGCUCGAUGAGGAACCGGUCGGGUUUGUUGAGCAGCUGCGAGAGAGCAGUAGCGAUGGGGACGACAGCACAGAUGACGAGCAAGAGCUGCGCCCUCCAGUGCCACCCAAGAGCCCCGCGACACUUGUGGACGCCUCGAGGAUACCCCAGCCCACGUCGCCAGCCGUGCCCAUGGCUACCCCGUCACGAACUUCCCAGCUCCCCGUCUCCAAGCCUUCACCCGAAUCGGCCAACCAGAAGCGUCAGCGUACGCCCCUGAAACCAUCGAGCCCAAGCAUUGGUGCCGAACCGUCGCCAAGCAAGCCGCCGAUGAAAAGGCCCAGGGCUGAACAGGCGGCCAAGUCGACCGACCACAAGAAGGGUGGCUUCCGAACGGCGCUGAAAAAGGGGCCUGGUCCGGCACUGUCGAACCUGCUACGGAAGGAGGCCAGCGACAAUGAAGGGCUGCCGCGGACAUCGUUCCGGAGGGCUAGGACUGCGCCCGCUAGCCCCGUCGCGCCUGGAUAUAGCACAUUCACGCAGGCAAAGCCACGCCAGCAACAGCAGCCUCCACAGCAGCAGUCGCAGCAGGUUGCAGUCCCUGGCAGGCUACCCUCGAUGAUUCCGAGGCGUGAGGCCCCGCCGCCACCCAACAAGGCGGCCGGCAGCGCCGGAAAGGCGCUGGCCCGGCAGAAUAUGGUUCCGCCCGAGGCUAUCCCAAGGUCGUUGUCCAGAACCAGUUAUGUGGCCGUACACGAGAGGAAGCGGGACUCGCUCGUCUCCCAAAGCGAUACCUUUUCUAUUCACACCAUUGACAGCAGCCGCCCAAUCAGUCCUACUCUCCUCAGGGGCGACCUGUCGGGCCCCAUGGCUUCUGCCAGUGGUCGCUCGCACGGGGCGGGUGGGCCUUCCAUGUCGAAAUCCCGCUCCGACAAGGACAUCUCGGAUCACAACCCCUUCAUGGGCUCGCCGUCAUCGCCUGGCAAACACCAUCGGCGUGUCCGGUCGCAGAACCCCAGCAUAUACACGCUCAAAACCAGCGACUCGCAGACGUCUCUGGUUCUCUCGUCCUACUUUACGCGCAGCGCCUACGGUGACACGGAUGCUCUCAACGGCCUCAGGCGGACCGGCAUGGUUCAGGGCAUGUUCCCUCGCGGCCACCUGUUGCGCAACAUCACGCGAUACAUGCUCUUCUCGUCGGCCUCGUACGGGUCUAGCUUUUUGAAGGUCAUGGGCAUCUCCAAGAAGAUGUCGCUGCUCCAGGUGCUCGACGACGACACGCACCACGAGCUGACAUCGUACGCCCAUCACACCGAGUCGGAGGCCAACUCGAUCCUGCUCUCGUCCUUUGUUGACCCCCAGGGCGGAUCGGACUCUACGGGAGCCACGAACACGGGUGUGCCUCUUGUGCACUACAUCUCCAUCGACAAGGAGGCCAAGGCUGUCGUGCUUGCUUGCCGAGGCACUCUGGGCUUCGAGGACGUGCUGGCGGACAUGACGUGCGACUAUGACGAUCUGCUAUGGCGUGGGCGACACUACAAGGUGCACAAGGGCAUACACGCCUCGGCACGCCGGUUGCUCUAUGGCGGCGACGGGCGCGUCCUGGCGACACUCAAGGCGGCUCUCGAAGAGUACCCGGACUACGGGCUCGUCCUGUGCGGACACUCCCUCGGCGGCGGCGUCACGGCCCUUUUGGGCGUCAUGCUCUCGGAGCCGGCCGUUACGGGGGCCUGUUUCGUCACGUCGGGCGCGUCAUCAGCGCCAGCCGCACUGCCGUCGUCGUCGUCGUCGUCUUCGUCGUCGUCGUCUUCGUCGUCGUCCUCGACGCCCGCGACCUCGGGAGGGCCCGCGUCGUCGGAGCGGACCACGCGCGAGCUCCGCCUGCCGGCCGGGCGGCCGAUCCACGUGUUCGCCUACGGCCCGCCGGGCACCAUGUCGGCGUCGCUGCGCAAGGCGACGCGCGGCCUCAUCACGAGCGUGGUGCAGGGCAACGACCUGGUGCCGCACCUGUCCCUGGGCGUCCUGCACGACCUCCAGGCGGUCGCGCUCGCCAUCAAGAACGACAACAUCGACGCCAAGAUGGAACUGCGGCAGAGGCUCUGGGCCGCCUUCCAGGACGGGCUCGCGCGGUCCUGGUACCACAACAGCGUCGACGACAACGACGGGCCCGGCAGCGGCAGCAGCAGCAGCAGCAGCGGCGGCGGUGGCGGCGGCAACAUGGGUGGCGGCGGGCGGCGAGGACGGAGGGGACGACAAGUGGGCGUUUGCGGCGCUCAAGACGCUGCGGGCCAACAUGAUGAGCACCAAACUGCUGCCGCCGGGCGAGGUGCUCACCAUCGAGACGACGCGCGUCAUGCGGCGCGACGCCUUCAUCCGGCCGCCCGGUGGUAG